CAAAUACAGUUGAGUGCAGAUCAUUGGGAUUUCAAUAGAUGAGAUGCUCCAACCAACGUAAACUAAGGCAACUUUAUUUAUUUAUGAUGUUAAAACUUUCGUUUGGUGCGCAGUCUUUUAUUCGUGUGGUUUCCUGCAUGUUUAAGCUUGCUGGAAGUUGUAUUGUUAAGUUGUGAGCAGCAGCAGCAGCACAUGGAUUACUGCUGUCACACAUCUGAAAUGGAAACUCUCAGGACUGUGUUGAACAGGAAGUAAACCAGGCAUAUUUAACUAUGGCUACAGUGGACUCCAAGCUGGGGGAGGAGUCAAGUCCCUGCAGCACUGCCCCUAUUGUUACCUCAGGCUCUGCCUCCAGUCCACAGAGUGAAGCUGUAACCAAUGAGCUACAAGAACUGUCUCUUCAGCACGCCCCCAACUUACUUCCUAUUUGUGAGAGGAGGAAUGACUACACUCUUCAUGGAGCAGAACACUCCAGAUGCGGAUUUAAAACAUCAACAACGAAAAGUGCUUCAACUCAAACUUCAGCAGAGGCGGACUCGAGAAGAGCUGGUUAACCAGGGGAUCAUGCCACCACUGAAAAGUUCUGCUUCCUUUCACGAGCAGAGACGAAGUUUAGAGCGAGCCAGAACUGAGGACUACCUGAAGAGAAAGAUCCGCAGUCGUCCACAGAGAUCAGAGCUGGUCAGGAUGCACAUUCUGGAAGGUGUGUCUUUCACACAGUCGUAUACCCCUUAUCAAACACUGUCACACACUUCCACCAUUACCGGUCCAGAGACUAAUAAAGAGACGUCAGCGGAACCCUCUCUUCAGGCCAAGCAGCUUCUCCUGAAACGAGCUCGUCUGGCAGACGAUCUGAAUGAUAAAAUCUCCCAGCGGCCCGGCCCAAUGGAGCUCAUUCACAAGAACAUCCUCCCAGUACACAGCAGCCUCAAACAAGCCAUCAUAGAGACAGAGUUUCCAAAGGUAGUGGGGGAGAACUCUUCAUUCGACGAGGAAAGCAGUGACGGAUUCUCUCCGGAUCAGAUGUUCUGUCAGCACUCUCCUCCCGACCCCACCCACUUACCUUCACCUCCUGAGACACUGGCCAAUGAAACCACACCCAAACAGGUCCCGCCCCCUCCUCCUCCUCCCCCUCCACUGCCAAACACAGCUGGACCCGCCCCUCAGCAGAAUGUAGCCAAUGGAACAACAGGCCAAAAGCAAGCCCCUGCACUGCAGAAGGGUGGUAAAGGGUCAAGUGAGCGCCCUGGUCAGCGUUCUAAGAAGGUGCGAGAUAAUAAACCGAAGGUAAAAAAGCUGAAAUAUCACCAGUAUGUUCCUCCGGAUCAGAAAGCCGAGCGUGAGCCUCCACCUCUGCUCGACUCCUCCUACGCCAAACUUCUCUAUCAACAGCAAAUCUUCCUCCAACUACAGAUCAUCAACCAACAACAGCAAAACUACAACUACCACACCAUCCUACCUGCCCCACCCAAGCCUCCUGCUGAUCAACACCCUGCUUCAGCCAAUGGCCCUUCACCAUCCAGUAAUGCCCCGUCCCUUCAAUCAACAUCUACUAAUUCAACUGGCCAGAAUCCCCCGACCACCACAAAUGAGUGCGGGAUUAAAAUAGGGCCUCUGCCUCCCAAUCUGGAAGAGCUAAAGGUGGCAGCACUGAAGCAGGAGUUAAAACUGCGAGGAUUAACCGUAUCAGGCACCAAAAAUGACCUUAUCGAACGGCUGAAGAAUUUUCAGGAGCAAUACGGUGGAAAUGCCGUCACUAAUGUGCCAACAUCAUGUAAAACCAACAUAACCCAACCAACACCACAGCAGUCAGGUGUACCCUCUGCCCCUGCAGUGGGAGGGGUCUCUUCCCCCUACCAAUCAACAGACAGCAGCAUGGUGGUUCCUACCUUCUCAUUUGUCGGCACUGUAGAAAGGGGCAGGGCUCAGACUACAGCGCUCCAUAUAAUGCAGUUUGGCAGCACAAGCUCCUCCCCUCCCGUUUCCCCCGCCCACUCUGAUCGCUCAUUGGCUGGAAUUAGCCCAGAUGAAAUGAGUUGUAACGGGGAUGCUUUUGGGGAAAUGGUGACCUCUCCUCUGACCCAGCUUUCCUUACGGCCUUCACCUCCUCUCCCCACCACGGUCAGCAUUAAAGAAGAGCCCGACAGUCAGAUGCCUCAGUCCUCCUGCUGCCUGGUGACUGUAACGGCCCCUAUAGACAAGGACCAGAUGCUGAAGGAGAAGGACCGGCGCAUACAGGAGCUCACACACAUGCUGUUGCAGAAGCAGCAGCUGGUCGAAUCACUGCGCUCGCAGCUGGAGGGCAAACAGGUGGGUGCGCCAAUCCAGGUGAAAGAGGAACCUCCUGGUGUCACCGUGGAGAUGGUCAGGGUGACCGUGAAAGAAGAGGUCAUAGAGUUGGAGGAGAGUGAGAUGGGAACUGAGCUGCAGGUGUUCCCUCAUGAAGCACAGGUGCAGGUGGCAAAUGAGACGGAGCAAAACCAGCAGCAGCAGCUCGUAAUGCAACAGAUUCAACGUAACCUGCAGCAACAAUCACAUCAGAGGAAGAGGAAAACAAACAAACAACAACGCAACCAAAUGCAAGGCAAACUGCAACAACAAAAAGAACAGUUGCCUAAAGCACAUACCAACCAGCAGUCAAGUCCUGUUUCUUCAUUCCCAGUGGACAUACUUAAAUCUAACUCUGCCCCCACAACAGUGACAGACAGCAAUGGCAACCAAUUCCUGCUAACACUGUCCAAUCAAAACACAGAGACACCAGCCAGAGGUCGCCCUCAGGGCAAAAUAUCCAAUAACAUCCCAGUGCAGAGACUACAGUCCACACCCAACAAGUUACCCAGCCAAUCAGAAUUUGAAUUGCUUAACAACAAUAGCCUAUCUGAAGAGCCCAUGCAAACCGUCAUUUUGAAACAGCCAAUCAAAAAGGUGUUAAAGCCAGAACUAAAAGUGUCAACCAGUUACAAAACAGCAAACUGUACGUCCAUCAUGGCACCACUCAAUGUACAACCAUUCUUCUCUUCAGUGGAUACCAUAAACAACAGUGAACCGGUCCCCUCAUCUCCCAAUAAUAAUGGAAAUGGCUGCAAUCAACGGGUUGAUGACCUGUUUGACAUCCUAAUUCAGCGUGGAGAAAUAUCAGAGAAUUUCAAAGCCACUCCUGAUCCUAUUCUUGAACGGCUCCGCCCAAACACGCCCCUUUUGUCAAGCUCCGCCCCUCUCAAUAUCUCCACCCCUCCCACAGAUUGCCUUAUCAAAACUUUGAUUUUAGAACCGCAAGCUCCCUCAUUUGAGACACACAGCAGUUGUGACUCAGGAAGUGGGCGUCUUGAAGAUUUCUUAGAAAGCACUACUGGCAAACCGUUGCUGGGAGUGGAGCCAGGAGGACCUACAACGCUAAUUGUCGACCUUCACAACCAAAUGCUAAGCACACCAAGUAUCCUAGACCACCCACGGUCCCCAAUGGAUACAUGUGAUCUGAGUUUUUCUAGCAACAUGCCAUCAGAUUUGGUUAACUCUGCAUCUGACAGUAUGGAUUGGAUGGACAGUAUUGGACACUGUGGAAUGGGCGGGGAUGGAGGGGAAGGGCCAGGGAUGAAUGCUCAAGUCUCCUCUAGUUUAUUUUCCACGGACUUUCUCGACACUUCUGAUCUGCACUGGUCCAGUUUAUAGCCCAGUGGGACAUACGAUUUAUCCAAGGCUUAUGAUUGCUUAAAUAUUUCCAAAAAGGUCCAAUCAUGGAUUAGCUUUCUUCGCAACAGGUUUCCAACAGUGACUUUUCCAGUUAUUCAACAACUACGCCGUAUCCUACUUGGAUUACUGUAUGUUACACUUUAAAGCACUUUUCAUCCAUCCCCACCCCUUUCAAACGCACUCACACCCAUGUCAUGACGUCUAUUUGAUGAAUCGUUUUUAAAAUGUCAUCUGUCGGAUGUUAGAAUUAUAUUCAUGAGAUGUUUUCGCAACAUCUAAAAUGUAUAAUUCAUGUGAACUGCUCUUUUUAAGAGGCUUAUCUGUUGUUUGUACACAUAUGAUGCUUAAAAAGAGGGUGAUGCUGUUCUGAUGAUGCACUCUUUCACAGUUGUCUUAACUUUGUAUACAGUCAUACAAACAAGCAACAUACUUCUCUCAUGAGUCACCAUACAUUUUUCCCUCAAUAUUGUCAAAUUCACAAACAGUGAAUUUUAAAGCAACUUAUCAAAACAAUUAAUAAAUGCAACAUUAACAGACAUAGCAUAGGCCAGGUAAGGAACAGACUUUUAACAUCUGCAUGCAUCCACAGCUGUUACCCAUAAUAUUAUCUGUUAAACAUUGUGUUGAGGUGCCAGAAAUAUUAGCUGUUUUAAGAGCUACGUAGAUUGCAGUAAACUAUUCGCAAUUAUAGUUUUAUUUUAUAAUUUGUUUACUGUGUGGAAUUGUGGAGUUGUGUGAAGACACAAGGUCAUUUUUGUUGCUGAGGAAAACCUUUACAAACCUUUUUGCUAGAAUGUUAGCAUUUGCUAGCAUUGAGACUUAACAAAAAACAGUUAUUGCGAUCAAAAACUUGCAUUUAUUUUUUGAUUGCUAAAUUACCAGUUUAAUACAUUCACAGAGUGCUUGAUAUAUUUAUUUGUAAAGAUAAGCAUACAACUCUGGAAAAAAAGCUUGGCCAAAACAGUUGCCAAAUCAGGUGACAAAUUUGAGGGACUUAUUGGAGUUAUUUUUAGACACGACAAAUAACUCCAUACAUGUUGCUCAAAACUUAGGGUGGUACAGUAUGAGACACAUACAGUGCUAUAAACAUACAUUAUUAAGUUGCAUUUUAAUUUUGUGUUUACAUGUUUUAUAAAAGAUCUAAAAUGGAGAUGCCUGUACCUUUCAAACAUGUUGCUGUUUAACUAUGUUGCAUUGCAUAUGAACUUAACUGUUAUAUUUGCAGUACCAUCACAGUACUCAAUGCAUGGACUGCACUGUAUUUUGUCAGUACUCCUGUCUGCCAGCAGUUUUGAUAAUAGGAUUAUAAGCCUAUGAGAUAAUGAAUGUUUCUAAAAACAAUUAAAAAUGUAUAGAUUUUAUUGUACAGAAGAUUAUAAUCAGAAAUAGUCCAAGUGAGGUAUAAUCACAUUUAAUCAAUAAGCAAGAUACAAAUUACGAGGACCCUCAAACCAACUCAUAUAUAUUUUAUCUGUUAAUCUGAAGGCGCAUUAUGCUUGGAUGUGCAUUUUUCAGUGUAAUUGCAUUUUGCAUAUCAGCUCAGGAACCUACAAAUUGUACAGUGGGUGUGUGUGAAUGCGUAUGUUUUGCUGUAUGUGUGACGUCAUUUGGGGAACAGCAUUACUGUCUGCAACAUUCACUGUCUCCAUCUGUCUGAAUUUGCACUUACAGGGUUUUGGCUAGUGCUUCCUGUGGCCGAGCUCAAAUUAAACUUCAUAUCCAGUCCAGUGUCCCCUGCUCUCUGCUGGAGAUUGAAACUCCACACUGUUUCAUUGGCUGAAUGUGUAAGCCUCUUGGGGCUUAAUCUCUAAGAUUUGUUUUUUAUUUAUUUUUUUAAAUAAAAAAAUAAAAAAAGUAA